UUCCACAGUGACAGCAGCCGUUAGCUCAAUCGCAGCAGAGCUAGCAGCUAGUCGGUGGAGAGAGCCAGCUGACGCAGCAGCAGCUAGCGGUUCUUAGGAACUGGGUGUGAGUCUAUCUAAGCCUUCAGUGAUACUUACUAUUAUUAUUCACAAUGAAGAAAUUAAAAGGGCCCACAUCCUGACGUCUACAUUCUGGCCAAUGACCGUCUGUCGCGGUGUCGUUGACUGACAUGGACGCUAGUGACAACAAGGAUGUGAAGCUUUCAGCCGAAGUGGAACCGUUCAUCCCACAGAAGAAAGAUCUUGAAGGAUCCCUUGUCAGCAUGAGUCUUUCUGGAGAGGCAGGCGGAGGAGGAGGUGGGAGUGGAGGUAUAGGCGGAGGUGGAGGAGGGGUGGAAACCACUCCCAUACCCAGCUACCUCAUCACCUGCUAUCCUUUCGUGCAGGAAAAUCAGCCCAACAGGCAACAUCCUAUGUAUAAUGGAGGGGAGAUGCGCUGGCAGCAGCCUAACCCCAGCCCCGGUGGUUCAUACCUGGCUUACCCCAUCAUGUCUUCACCCCAGCCUCCUGUCUCCAAUGACUACGCUUACUACCAGAUUAUGCCUGCUCCAUGCCCUCCUGUGAUGGGCUUCUACCAGCCCUUCCCUGGAACCUAUGCUGGUCCUGUGCAGGCUGGAGUGGUCAACCCUGUCUCUGCAGAUGUUGCUGAAAGACCUCUAUCUCUGGGGCCUGCAUACGGGAUGGCCAGGGGGAGAGGCAUGGUCCGAUCUAAUGUUCUCCCAAAGCAACAGUUAGGUGUCUGCCUGCCUCCAAGAGUUCGCCGGCCUCCAACCAGGAAUGUGGCCGUGCAGAAGGAGGUGUGCACUUUGGGGCCUGAUGGUAGGACCAAGACAGUCAUGUUGGUGGAUGCAGCACAGCAAACUGAUUUCCAAGGUGAGUUGUCUGGGCGCUGUGCUGCUGAGCGGGCUAGUCCCCUGCUCUGGAAAAACCGAACCAAGAGAAGAAGGGCUUCCCAUCCCUCUGAAAGCUACGAGCAGGGUGCCAGUGAGGCAGAUAUAGACAGCGACAGCGGCUACUGUAGCCCCAAACACAACCAGGCGGCAGGGGUAGCACAACGAACAGCAGAGAGCACAGCAGCUCCAGCAGUAAGUUGGCUACUUACCACCCGCAACACGGGAGUAGAGGCUGGUGUAAUGACAGCAGGAACAUGGGUGAAUGCAGCCUCUCAGGCUACCCCGAAGUCCUGGGGAGACAGGAACGGACAUUUUCACAGAGCAGACCAGAGGAAAAAUCCUGAACAGAGAAACUUCUCACAGGAUUUCCACAGUGGUUAUCCGGGGCGUUUGCUGCCGAACCAAUCAGAACACAGGCUGCAGCCUGCAGUGGCUACAGAGCUCACACCAGAGCCCCUCUACUUUGAGGAUGAAGAUGAGUUCCCAGAUCUGGCUACUGCCGGGGCUGCCCAACGAAGCAGCAAACCAGAACCUACUGCAGCCCAGACACACACGCAAACAAAGCUGCACAAAAACUUGUUUGUGUUUUCACAGCUGGAUAACCUGCCAGAAAACUCCCCUAUCAGCAUUGUGCAGACACCUAUCCCUAUUACAACCUCUGUUCCCAAGAGGGCCAAAAGCCAGAGGAAGAAGGCUCUGGCUGCUGCCUUGGCCACUGCACAGGAAUACUCUGAAAUCAGCAUGGAACAGAAGAAACUGCAGGAGAAAUUCACCAAAGCAGCAGGAAAGAAGAGUAAAACCUCUGUGGAGCUGGACCUGGGAGACAUGCUGGCAGCUUUGGAGAAACACCAGCAGGCUAUGAAGGCUAAACAGCUCAACAAUACCAAGCCUCUGUCUUUUACAGUUGGAACAACCACUCCAUUCCACGGUUCAGGCUCCUCCAGCCUGCCGUCCAUGUUGAAGGUCCAUCAGCAGUCGUACACAGCACCACACAACUCCCUGGAUUCCACCGCACCCCGUAUCAAGAGGGGAAAGGAGAGAGAGAUCCCCAAAGUGAAACGGCCAACAGCCCUGAAGAAGAUUAUCUUAAAGGAACGUGAAGGGAAAAAAGGGAAGACAAGUGUAGAGCAAGAGUCUUCAGGCCACGAGGACCAGGGGGAUGAAUCUCUAAAUUUUACUGAUGAAAUUGCACGAGAGCCUGCCUCCCAAGAAGAAAAUGGUCUGAGUAUGCCCAGCGAUGCAUCCCUUUCCCCGGCCAGUCAGAACUCCCCUUACAGCAUCACCCCGGUGUCCCAGGGAUCUCCUGCCAGCUCCGGCAUCGGGAGUCCCAUGGCCUCAAACGCCAUCACCAAGAUCCACAGCCGACGUUUCAGAGAGUACUGUAACCAGGUGCUGAGUAAAGAGAUCGACGAGGGUGUGACGAUGCUGCUACAGGAACUAGUACGCUUCCAGGAGCGUGUCUACCAGAAGGAUCCUACAAAAGCCAAAUCCAAACGCCGCCUGGUCAUGGGUCUCAGAGAGGUCACCAAGCACAUGAAGUUAAAUAAGAUUAAGUGCGUCAUCAUCUCUCCCAACUGUGAGAAGAUCCAGGCCAAAGGUGGUUUGGAUGAAGCACUAUACAACGUCAUUGCCAUGGCUCGGGAUCAGGAGAUCCCAUUUGUGUUCGCCUUGGGCAGAAAAGCUCUUGGACGCUGCGUCAACAAACUAGUGCCUGUCAGUGUGGUUGGCAUUUUCAACUAUUCAGGAGCUGAGGGUCUCUUCAACCGCUUGGUGUCUCUGACCGAGGAGGCAAGGAAAGCCUACAAGGAGAUGGUAUCCGCUCUGGAGCAGGAGCAGGCCGAGGAGGCUAUGAAAAAUGACAAGAAAGUCCCACACCACAUGGGGCAUUCCCGCAACCACUCUGCUGCUUCUGCUAUCUCCUUCUGCUCCAUUUUCUCUGAGCCCAUCUCAGAGGUCAAUGAAAAGGAAUAUGAGACCAACUGGAGGAGUAUGGUGGAGACUUCAGAUGCCCUGGAGCCUAUCGAGGCUGAGCCGAGUCGGCCUUUGCCCUCCACAGCCGCUCACAAAGAGAGUGAGACCCCGGCAGCCUCCACCAGCACCACCCAGCCUGCCCCUACCGCUCCCCAGCCCAGGACAGGGCCUCUGACACUGACACAGGGUCCCAGUGAGAGAGACGAGGUGCGGGUCGACGACCGCUUGGAGCUGGCCUCUCAGCAAAGCACAGAGACAGGUUCAUUGGACGGGAGCUGCAGGGGCCCUUUGAACUCCUCCAUCACCUCCACAACUUCCACCCUGGUCCCCGGGAUGUUGGAAGAGGCGGACGAGGAGGAAGAGGAGGAGGAGGAUUACACUCCCGAACCUAUUUCUGUAGAAGUGCCCACCCUCAGCAGCCGCAUCGAAUCCUGGGUGUCAAAGACUCUGGAAAACCUGCAGCUGGGGAAGAGCCAGGAAAGUACAGAAGAGGAGGAGGAUGAGGAAGAUGAAGAAGAGGAGAAAGCGCAGAGUGAAGAGGAGGACAUCGAUUCAGCGGACAUCGCAGAGACAGGGACGGAGGACAAAGAGGCAGUGGCGGUUAAGAAAGCCAGCGGUUGAUCUACCCCCUCCUUCAUACACUCAUUUCCUCUGUCGCUCUCUCCUCCCUCUUCACAGCAGCCAGCAGCUUUUCCUUUCUCUCUCCCUCUCUGUCUCUCUCUCUAACCCCUGACACCAGACAUAAUCUCAGGUAUCCAACCAAUUGACCAACACUCACAAGCAUUACACAGAAACUGAUCAACUCACCGCAUCGCAGACCAAACAACAACUAACACAGUCUGAAGGACAGCAGUUCACCAACACUCCUCUCGUAGUUUAAAAGGAUGCCCUCACUUCUUCGGCCCACGACCUGCUACACUUGAAUCCAGAGGGAAGUUUUUGACUUUCCCCCUCCAAAGCUGAACUCUUUUAGAGUCGGGGAUGUUUCUGGGAGCAAGUGCUGUCUGAAGCCCACAGAGUAGGAAGGUUGGAACCGUUCAGCUCCCAUCUUACUUCAUACAGAGCUCACAUGGUUUACAGCUCUGCAAGUAUUUGUGUGUGUGUGUGUGUGUGUGUGUGUGUGUGUGUGUGUGUGUGUGUGUGUGUGUGUGUGUGUGUGUGUGUGUGUGUGUGUGUGUGUGUGUGUGUGUGUGUGUGUGUGUGUGUGUGUGUGUGUGUGUGUGUGUGUGUGUGUGUGUGUGUGUGUGUGUGUGUGUGUGUGUGUGUGUGUGUGUGUGUGUGUGUGUGUGUGUGUGUGUGUGUGUGUGUGUGUGUGUACAGGCACAUAAUUAGCAUUUAUUUUUGCUGUGUUGUUGAGUUUUAUCUUUGUAAAUAAUGUGUGUGUUUUCCAGCUGCUCCAUGAGGGAGGGAGAGACAUGCAUUUCUUAAUUCAUUUUUGGUGGGUGUUUUGAGUUGCUUACAGAAUAUGGAAAUGUCGGGGGUGGGGUGGGGGUAUGUCUUUCUACCGAAAACCACCCCCACCCAUCAGUCUUCAGAGUGUUUUUUAAUGGUCAAAUAAUAAGUGUACCAUUCUGUAUUCAGACAAUUCAGAUGAUUAACUUCUAAGAAGCAAAACAAGCUUUGUGUAUAUAACUUUGUCUAUGUGGUUCUACUACAUUAUAUAAUGAUUUGUCAUAUUGAUCUUGCCUAGUGUGAAACGAUUUGGGUGGUUUGCCUCUGACUGGAAUUGUCUUGAGUUCCCAAAUGCUGUCUGUGCUUCAUAAAACACAUGGCUCCUGUUUUGUUCUCCCUGAUGCUGGUUCUACUCUGAUGGAUGGACCACAUCUUAGACUCUUUAAGUCCUUUCAUCCAGAGAGAGGUUUUGCAACUUAGACACUGAAUUGAAAAUGAAAGGCUUAGAUCUGACUGUUUAGAUUGUGACAUCAUGGAAUCAUCAGGGUACAGGAAAUUUGCCCUUAAUUUUUAUUUUUUCAAGUAUGUUUUCUUUAGAAAAUUCCACUUAAAUCAAAUGAACCAAUAGAAAAAGCAGGGGUUUGCAAUCCCAAAAUGGAAAAAUUUGAUAGGGUUGCUUGCAAAUGAAUGUUUUUUUUAGAGUUCUUCUAGAUUUCCGAGACAGAUUUUGUCAGUGCUUAAAGUCAGUUCAUCAAAGCUGAGAAGCUCCACCAUCAGCCAGAGUCGCCACCAGAAGUCAAACAAGUCCUCACAAAGUCAUACAAAUACUAAUGAUAAACCCUUGUAAAUACAAGUGUACAAAAGAUAUUUUGAUUCUUCCAUUGUAUUAAAAAAAUACUAUCAUCCUGUUCUUAAAGCCAUUUGAUAGUUUUAACUUUCAAACAGUUGGAAUCCAGUUUGAUAAUGGUAUUUGAUAGUGAAUCAUGGUGAGAGUUCAGCCAACCGAAGAUGAUGAGUUGUGUGUAAAUGCAGUAUGCCUCGCUGUAUGCAAUGUGAAGCCCUGAGACGGGAUGUGACAGUAUACUGAAUAUCAUACUGGGGACUAUGAAAGUAUUUCUAGUUUGAUUGCAGGUACCCUCUGUGUAUGCCUUUUUGUUUCUAUGACUUCCAUCAAAGUGUUUGAAGUAUGUUUAAUUGACAGCAAGUGUGUUUCUUUGCACUAUGUAAAUACAGUACUGGUAAAGGUCUUGUAACUAAUGUGAACAAAAAACAAAAAAACGGUUCGAUGAAGUACUUUUUUCAGCGUGUUCCUCGUCUUUAUAUGGAUAUUUAAGACCGUCUCCUGCAGACUGUACAUCACUAGCAACAUUGUUAUAGGCUGUUUCUCAUAAUCCUGUUAUCACUCUUAACCUAUAUGAACUGAUGAUUAACAUCAUUAAAAUGUUGUUUAAGUAAACCCUUUAAA